AUGGGAAAUAAAGGUAGUAAAGAUUUUGCUUCGAUUGCUGCUAAUUCAAGAUUGGAUGAAAAAGAUUUGAAAGAACUCUUGAAAACAUUCCAAAAGAUUGCUGGAUCCGAUGGUUUGUUGGACAAAGCUGAGUUGAAAGCAGUCAUCGAAAAGAAAUAUGGUGGAAUAGAUCCAACUUUUUCAAAUAUUCUAUUUAAUCUAUUCGAUAGAAACAAUGAUAAAACUGUUAAUUUCAGUGAAUUCUGUUUGGCCUAUGGAUAUCUUGUUAAUAGAUCUUUGGAUGAUGUUAUCGAUGUUUCAUUUAGAUGUUUAGAUUUGAAUAAUGAUGGUUUCAUCUCUAGAUCAGAGAUGAGAGCUGUUGUUAUGAUGAAUAAAAAGAUGGAGAAGUAUGUUAAAGUAUACAAUAGAGAGACACCAAUUGAUAAGAUUCAAUUGUUACCGAUCGAAGUCUCAAAGAUCAAUCAAGAGGCAGACGAACUCUUUGAUCUACUCGACAAGAACAACGAUAAACAAGUUUCAAAAGAUGAGUUCCUCCAAUUGGUCAAUACAGAUGCAGAGAUCAAACGUCGUCUUACAUCGAUGUUGGUAAAAGAUGAAUCAGUAGAUUUCUUCAAGUAA